AUGGUAUCUCCAGCAAUCAGGGUGGCACCCUCAGCAGCCAAUCGCGCACUCAACCUAUUGCGCACUGUACAAUACACACACCCGCCUAACUGCCCCUGCCAUGGGAACCCCAACCAUCACCAUCACCACAAGCAGACCCCUUCACUUCUCAACCAGGUGAAGCGCCACCUUGCCACGCCUGUGGAUCGCUCGCGUGAGAAAGAGUAUGCCUUCGAGAUGGCUGCGUCGAGCAUCCGCUUCGGUCCGGGUGCCACCAAAGAGGUCGGAAUGGAUUUCACGAAUUUGGGUGCCAAGCGGGUGUGCAUUGUUACCGAUUCCAAUGUUGCUAAGCUUGAUGCUAUGAAGCAGGCUGUUGAGGGCUUAACGCGCGAAGGAAUCCAGUUCACAAUCUUUGACAAAGUCCGUACGGAGCCAAAGGACAGCUCUAUCCGAGAAGCAAUUGAUUUCUGCAAGCCCUAUAAGCCUGACGCCUUCCUGGCAGUUGGCGGCGGCUCUGUCAUUGACACUGCCAAAUUGAUGAAUCUAUACACCGCAUACCCUGAAGCCGACUUCCUCGACUUUGUCAACGCCCCACUGGGCAAAGGUCGACCAGUCGACAAGCCACUCCUCCCCCUCGUGGCAGUCCCAACAACAGCCGGAACCGGCUCAGAGACCACCGGUACCGCAAUCUUCGACCUGGUCUCCAAAAAGGCCAAAACGGGAAUUGCCCACCGCAAUCUCAAGCCCACGCUUGGUAUCUGCGACCCCCUCAACACCCGCACCAUGCCCUCAGCUGUCCACGCCGCCUCAGGCCUCGAUGUCCUCUGCCACUCACUCGAAUCGUGGACCGCAAUCCCUUAUAACGAGCGCACCCCGCGCCCCACAAACCCAAUUAACCGUCCGGCCUACCAGGGCGCGAACCCCAUCUCCGACAUUUUCUCCCUCGCAGCCCUCCGCAGCACAGUGAAGUAUCUCCCGCGCGCAGUCCGCGAUCCAGAUGACCACGAAGCCCAGUCCGAAAUGCUACUCGCUGCAACCCUUGCCGGUGUUGGUUUCGGUAAUGCUGGUGUUCACUUGUGCCACGGUAUGAGUUAUCCGAUCUCUAGCCAGAACCCGGGAUACAAGCACCAUGGCUAUGAGGUCGAUCACCCGAUUAUUCCCCACGGUGUCUCUGUGGCUGUGACGGCACCGGCUGUGUUCCGAUUCACCGCCGCUUCGAAUCCUGACCGCCAUCUUGCAGCCGCUGAGGCGUUCGGUGUGGAUAUUUCGAAUGUCAAGCGUGAGAGCGCGGGUGAGGUUCUUGGGGCUGCGAUUGCGGAGUUCUUGGCCAAGCUCGGUGGCCAGCCUAGGGGAUUGAAGGAUCUGGGAUUCAAGGGGUCUGAUGUGGAGGGUUUGGUUGAUGGGACUAUUCCACAGCAGCGUGUGCUUAUGUUGGCACCGAAUUUGAGCACGGAGUUGGAGACUGAGAGGGGGAGUUGA